AUGAACCAGAAAGUGUUAGUUUUCCUUCUGCCAAAUUUUGUUUUUGGAAUAUUUCUUUUUGGGUUUUUCUGUAAGAGACAAAAAAACCUCACAGGUGCAUUUCCUAAUCCCACUGAGGAUUGGCUGGCAAUCCAAAAUGAUCGCAAAAGCACACUGGCUUCUCUCUGCCUGAAGAACAACCUUCUGAAAUUAAGAACAAAAUUGGAUUCUCACGUGGGAAACCAACUCUUUGUGGAGCACAAACAUAGAUUUAUCUACUGUGAGGUGCCCAAGGUAGGCUGCUCCAACUGGAAGAGAACUAUUUUCCUCCUCCAAGCAGAUCUGAAUGCAGAAGCUUCUGAAAUAGAGCAUGACCACAUCCACCAGACCUCACUGAUCAAAAAGCUGGUGUCUUACCCUCCUGCCAUCCAAAAGGAAUUUCUUAACAAUUACACCAAAGUGAUGUUCACCAGACACCCCUUGGAACGGCUGGUUUCAGCUUACAGAGACAAACUUCUGCAUUCUGAGCCUUUCUACAGUAUCACUGUUGCUAAUGAGAUCAGGGCAAUGUUCAGGAAAAACAAGAAUUCUUCUGAAAAAGUCAGUUUCCAGGAGUUUGUCAGCUUCAUUAUUGCAAAACCACCAAAUACUCUUGACAUUCACUGGAAACCCAUGUUUCUCCUCUGUGAUCCUUGCAACAUUCACUAUGAUAUUCUGGGUAAGUAUGAAACUCUUGGGUUAGAUUCUGAACACGUUCUGAGGGUCAUUGGAGCACCAGAGAACCUGCAUUACCCCAGCCUGAAGAGGUAUGGUGCAGAGAAAAGAACCAAUGGGGACAUCACCUUGGAGUAUCUCAGACAACUGAACUCUGAACAAAUUGAGAAGAUCAAAAAAUUGUAUCAAAUGGAUUUUUUCCUGUUUAACUAUACAAUGAAAUACGAGGAUUAUUUCUCCUGA